CUUAUUAUAAGGUAGUCUAUUAUAGUCUACAUUGAGUCCUUUUAUGACCUUGGGUGUGGCACUUCGUGCACGUUGGCGGCGCGCGCUGGCGUCUCUCACCCGCCUGGCUCUGGCUAGCCUCCAUGACCACCCUUUCUGCCUCUGUAGUAAGCUGCUGAGCCUGCUGCACCUGGAGGGCUCCACCAGAAGCUAUAUAUUAACGCUGCUGACUCUGCUUCUGUUAUUAACGUUGAUUUUCUCUGAGCGCUUUUCGCGAGCUGGCGUAUCGCGACGCUUGUUGGGCUCUCUGGCUGCCGGCGCAGCCGCUCUUGGAGAUAGCGUAGCUGCUGCUGAACCUCUGCUACUGUAUGUGGUGUCUCUGUCUGCGCUACUGUCUGCGCUGCAACGUUGUUAUCUAUAGUAGUCUGUGAUGGAGACGGCGUUCGGACGACAGUUAGCGACGAUAGGACGCGAUCUGGAUAAGGAGGGACAAGGCCUGUCGCCUGAAAGCCUGCCUGGAUGUUCUGCUGCGUGAAUACAGUCGGCCGGAUCCGUGUAUAGGCUGUAAGAAAGUCUGUUUUGUCAACAUGGUAGACGCCAUGGCGGGCGAGCUCCUCUACCUCGCGUCCGUACGCACGCU